CAGCUCGGAGGGGUGUUCAUCAACGGCCGACCGCUGCCCAACCACAUCCGCCACAAAAUCGUGGAGAUGGCUCACCACGGGAUCCGGCCCUGCGUGAUCUCCCGGCAGUUGCGGGUCUCCCACGGUUGCGUCUCCAAAAUCCUCUGCAGGUACCAGGAGACGGGUUCCAUCCGUCCCGGAGCCAUCGGAGGCAGCAAGCCCAGGGUUGCGACUCCCGACGUGGAGAAGAAAAUCGAGGAAUACAAACGGGAAAACCCCGGGAUGUUUAGCUGGGAGAUACGAGACAGGCUCCUGAAGGACGGGCACUGCGAUCGGAGCACCGUGCCCUCAGUGAGUUCGAUUAGCCGUGUGCUACGCAUCAAAUUCGGGAAGAAAGAGGAAGAGGAGGACUGUGACAAGAAGGAGGAAGAUGGGGAGAAGAAGGCCAAGCACAGCAUAGACGGCAUCCUGGGCGACAAAGGUAACAGGCUGGAUGAAGGCUCUGACGUCGAAUCUGAACCAGACCUGCCUCUGAAGCGCAAGCAACGCCGCAGUCGAACCACUUUCACCGCUGAGCAGCUGGAGGAGCUGGAGAAGGCCUUCGAGAGAACCCACUACCCAGACAUCUACACACGAGAGGAGCUAGCUCAGAGAACCAAGCUCACCGAAGCCCGAGUUCAGGUGUGGUUCAGCAACCGAAGAGCGAGAUGGCGCAAACAGGCUGGAGCAAACCAGCUUGCAGCUUUCAAUCACCUGCUGCCGGACUCCACCUACCCAACAACCACCAUUUCCCAAGAUGGGGGAAGCACUGUGCAUAGACCCCAGCCCCUGCCACCGUCCACCAUGCACCAGGGAGGGCUUGCAGCAGCCGCCGCUGCUGACACUGGCUCUGCCUACGGGGCCCGACACAGCUUCUCCAGCUACUCGGACAGUUUCAUGAAUGCUGCAGCUCCUGCCAACCACAUGAAUCCUGUUAGCAAUGGCCUCUCUCCACAGGUGAUGAGCAUCUUGAGCAACCCCAGUGGGGUUCCUCCGCAACCCCAGGCUGACUUCUCCAUCUCUCCCCUUCACGGUGGCUUGGAUACCACCAACUCCAUUUCUGCCAGCUGCAGCCAGCGGAGUGACUCCAUCAAGUCCGUGGACAGCCUCCCAACUUCCCAGUCCUACUGUCCUCCCACCUACAGCACCACCAGUUACAGUGUGGACCCAGUGGCUGGCUACCAAUAUGGACAGUACGGACAAACCGCUGUUGAUUAUUUGGCCAAGAAUGUGAGUCUGUCUACACAGCGUAGGAUGAAGCUGGGAGAACAUUCAGCCGUUCUGGGCCUCCUACCAGUAGAGACAGGCCAAGCUUACUGA